CGUUUCGGUCCACAGCAUCAUUCAAUCGUCUGCACUCAGUCAAGCAACAACAAGCAUCACCAAACAUGAAGGCUUUCGCUUGCGUCCUCCUCCUCGCAGCUUUCGUGGCCGCUGAGCCUCCUCGCUACAGAUUGGCGAGGUUCCGCUACGAGAGGCAGGAGCUUGGUGAAGGAGGUGAAAAGGAGGCUACCACCCCGAAGGCCGAAGAGGCUCCGUACCCUGCAUCAGGAUUCAAGCCCUCGAAGGAAUUCAAAUUGCCAUCCCGCCAAGAAGUCGCUCUCCCCGCCACUUCCUACGGCAUUCCCGAUGACAGCUACGGUGCUCCUCUGAGGACUUACGUGGCCCCGCCUUCGGAAUACGGUGUACCAGAGCCGAGGGGGAAUGCGAAGAAAGAAGGAGAAGAAAAGUCUGAGAAGCCCGAAAAAGAGGAAAAGGAGGGAGAGGAGAGUGAAGUGGAGAGCUUGAAGACUGAGGGCAAGGAGAAGAAAGGAAAGCUGGAGGAGGAGCCUAAGAAGGAGGCCGAGGUCGUGAGCAACCAGGGCGCUUACUACGUGCUCCUGCCUGGGUCCCAGCUGCAGCGAGUGCAGUUCCAGACGGAAAGCGACAUCCGCAACAUGGCGUACACCGCCCGCCUGCAGUACCGGGAGGAGGACCGCGCCCCUCUGUUCGUGUACACCGCCGUGCCUCAGUACCAGUCCUCCGCCUACGUUCAGCUAAUCUAGACGAUCUCACAACCCUUUGAAAGCCGGUGUAUUCCAAUGGAUGCAAUUUAGAUUUAAACGGAUUAUCUUCCAGUGCUCGUUCUAUUUUCGUUCGAACGAGUUAGUGAUAUGCUUUUAAAAUGAAUGCAGUUUUUGUGUGGCGCAAAUUAUUUUUGAGUAAAUAAAACUUUGCUUUUACAUAA